CUGGUGCCGUUUACUCCAACCCGUGGUCACACAGAAGAGCCCAACCUCUACCCUCCAUUCCUGCGGUACUUUGCCUUUAAUGCGAGAAGAGUUCAGCACUCUCUUCCCUCUGCGUACACACGAACUAGCGCUAUCCACUAGGCCAGGAGCGGAAGCGAGAGAAAAACUCACUUUGCAAGAAAAGCUCGCUAACGCCGGGAGUCGAACCCCUGACCUGACCUCUAAAAGGUUUCGCGGUUACCAACUAGACCACCGGGGCGACCUGUAG